UUUUAACUACGGCAGAGAAGCGGUGCGGGACCAUCUUCCUCAUUCUCGCGAUACACAGACACAGAAGGGCUGCAGCCGGUCUGUGCGACACCCGCACGGCGCGCACCAUCUAGGGGAGCGGGUUUGAUUCACGUUUGAAUGGCCGAGUGCUUCGUGGUAGAUUGACUUCUACCGGCCCUGAAGUUUCAGAGGAAGGAGCAGUUUUCCUGAUCGGCAUGUCAGAGACGGAGUCAUCCCUCGAUCUGACCACAUCGCUGUCCGGAACGUUUCCGCAGCUCCGAUCUCGGAUCUUCAAAAUCAUAGUGAUUGGGGACUCCGGGGUGGGAAAGACAUGCCUCACCUACAGGCUGUGGACCGGCAGGUUCCCGGAGAAAACCGAAGCCACCAUCGGGGUCGAUUUUCGGGAGAAAGUGAUCGAAAUCGAAGGAGAGAAAAUCAAGAUCCAGCUGUGGGACACGGCGGGCCAGGAGCGCUUCCGGAAGAGCAUGGUGCAGCAUUAUUACCGCAACGCCCACGCCGUCUUCUUCGUCUAUGACGUCACCAAUGCUGCCAGCUUCCACAGCCUGCCCAUCUGGAUGGAGGAGUGUCGACGGCACUCGCGGGGCCAGGAGGUGCCACGCAUCCUCAUCGGCAACAAGCGGGACCUCCGCAGCUCCGCCCGCGUUGGCGCCGAGCUGGCCAGGAAGUUUGCGGAGGCCCACCGCAUGCCCUUCUUCGAGACGUCAGCCAAGAGCCCUCAGGGCUAUGACUGCAUGGAGACCAUCCUCAUCACAGUAGCGCAAGGACUCAAGAACCAGAAGCCAUUGUUGCUAAGCCAACCAUCUACCAAACAGAGCAUCCCCUCACCAAAGAGAGGCUCCUGUAGUUGUUGAAAAGCAUACGACUCUUCACCCUACCUUGAGAGACCAGCUGUUGCUUGCUCUUUAACUUCUUUCAAUCUGUUCUUCUUAGGAAAGCCCCGAGGUGCUUUUCCAAGUGUUUACUUGUGUAACGAGCAGAUUGUGUAAACAGGCUCCCCCUUGGGCUAAUGCCGAUUCGUUUGAUGGUUCCGACGACGCUGAGAUGUCAGUGUGUCUCCCGGAGGAGUCAGCUACAGGUCACCGGCCUAGUAGGAGGUUUGUGAAACCAGGAUGCACAAGUUCCUGGACUUUAGGAGGAAGUGGCAUGUCUCAGUUCUGUCGCAUGCGUUCAGGUAGCGAUCUGUACCAGCAGAGGUGGAGAGUCCAGGAAGUACAAAUCCCAACCAUGAUUUUGUAUCAUCCAACCAGCUGAGCAUAACGAGUUAGCCACAGAGUACUCGACUGGUUGGUUGAAACAAAAUCUUGGUCUGGAUUUGUACUUACUGGACCUGAACCACCUCUUUCUAUCAGUAUCUCCUCUGGGCUCUGAGAGUGAUUGUUCCUUCUGCUCUAGGUCCAGUGUGAGAAGGUACCAAUCCUCAAGACAAAGCGUAAACAAGUGUGAGAUUGUUUUGGGGGGGGGCAGCAUAUGGCAGAUUGUGAUUGGCUGGAGGAGACAUACUUAGGGAGCCCUGGUCAUUCAGUGCAGGUAGUAAAGAGGACGGCUACUCUGAGGUAGUAAAGAGGACUGUUACUCUGAGGCACAAUGGCCUAGAAGACUGCAUCUUAGACCAAAUGGGAUGAGUGCCUUGUUCAGACUGGAGUCACUUUGUAGGUCUUCAGAGUCACACUUCUGUAACCGAUUUAAUUCACAACUGGCACUGGGAAUAUUCCAGUAGAUUCUGGCUGUAAUUAUGCUAUUUAUUUUUUUUUUACAUUAAGGCUGAGAAUUUAAUCAUGAGGUUGGAGAAACAAAUAAUGCAGAUAAAACUUCAUAACCAAAAAAAAAAAAAAACAGAUCUCAGGAUUUUGCAAGUCUCCGGGGGAAAAUUUUCAUUUACGAAGGAGAAUCUCCCGCAAAGGAUUAGGAUUUUUUUCCUUCGCAUGAGGACCAAAACGGUCAGAUGUUUACAUGGUGGCUCAGAAAAGCUUUUUUUUGUAAAUGACUUUCUGCUGUAAAAAAGUAAUAAACUACCAACAACGUGA